AGCUAUCUGACUCCAUCUGAGCUAGAUACCAGAUGUCCAAUUCAGUUCAGUGCAUGCAUUAGCAAAUGUUUGAGUGUGAAAUCAUAUGUUUGUUUGUGUUUCUUGUUUCUUACAUUGAGAUUAGUUGUCAGGGAGUGACUUAGCAACAGACACAGCAAUGUCUCCUAGAAGUCUCACAGGGUGGGACCUCUGGAUGAAAACUUUUCAAAAUUCUUUUCCUCGGAGAAAGAAUAUUUGUGCCUCCCAUUUCUCAACGGUUCAGCUUCAGCUCCAAGCAAAGAGGUUGGACAAACAUAAAGGUCACUUCCAGUACCGCAACUCAUCCAGCAUUGUCGAGUCUCCUUUUCCUAAGGUUGACAUCCCUAAAGUUUUGAUCCCAGAUUUGAUUUGGGAAACUGUGGAUCGAUUUCCGGACGCUAAUGCUGUUAAAUGUGGAAUAACUGGAAGAAUCUAUACUUAUGGAAAUGUGCAAAAGUUAAGUCGAAGAUUUAUGAACUCUUUGAAAAAAGCUGGGUUUUCCCAUGGUGAAGUGAUUGCUGUCAUUUUGCCAAAUAGCCCGGAGUUUGCCAUCGUUGCACUGGGAGCCCUGGAGGCAGAUCUAUCAGUGUCUUUCAUAAACCAUGUCUACACUGCAGAUGAAAUCUGCCAUCAGCUGCAGAACUCUGGAAGUGUGUGUGUGGUGAGCGGAGUAGACCAACUGCCCGUAGUCCAAGCAGCAAUUGCUAAACUGGAGGAGUCGACUCGAUCAAAAACCGUUCGGAAAGUAAUCGCUGUUGAUUUCCCAUCCCCACCUUCUUUGCCACAAGGGAUUGUCAGGUUAAGUGAGAUGAUCGCAGACCAUGUUGAUCAUUCCAGACAAGGAUCAUUGCAGAAAGGCGUUCAUGAUGUAGCGUUCCUCCCAUACUCCAGUGGGACCACCGGGCUGCCCAAAGGUGUUUGUCUGUCUCACAGCAAUAUUGUCAGCAAUAUUUUUCAAUUCGGUGCAAACGGAGUAGAAAUCAACUCUCCUGACAAAGGACAGGACACUUUGCUCGGGAUAUUACCAUUUUACCACAUUUAUGGCCUUGUAAUUAUUCUGCUCUGUGGUCUGCAUAGAGGGAGCCAAAUAGUCACAUUGCCAAAAUUUGAGCAGAAAACUUUGCUGAGGGCAUUUGAGAAUGAAAAAUUUUCAGUGUUAUUCUUAGUGCCUCCUCUGAUAUUGUACAUUGGAAACAGUGCAGACGUGAAGGGAGAGAAACACCUGACUCGUGUGAAGUACCUUUUAUCAGGAGCUGCGCCUCUGGGGGACACUGACAUGGAGAAGGCCAAGAGGAAAAUACCAGCAGAAAACAAUUGUGUUUUGGCCCAAGGUUACGGCAUGUCAGAGUUGUCUCCAGUCGCCACAGUUCCAACAAUCCCCGUUAAGAACCUAGCUACUUGUGGCGCCCCUGUAGCCAAUUCCCAGGGUAAGAUUGUGUGCCCAGAGACUGGAAAGGACUUGGGCCCAAAGGAGACAGGGGAGCUGUGCUUUAGAGGGCCUCAUGUGAUGCUGGGGUACCACAACAACCCCAAAGCUACUGCUGACAUGAUAGACUCCGAUGGAUGGCUUCAUACAGGAGAUAUUGGGUAUUAUGAUGAAGACAGCCAUUUCUACAUUCAAGACAGACUUAAAGAACUCAUCAAGGUCAAAGGGUUCCAAGUGCCUCCUGCGGAGUUAGAGGCCGUCCUAAGAACACAUACAGGGGUGGAAGACGUAGGAGUUAUCGGAGUGCCAGACCCAAGAGCGGGCGAAGCCCCAGUGGCGUACAUAGUGAGGACCAAGGGGGAAAACCUGUCAGAGGAUCAAGUCAAGGAAUUCCUCUCAGUCAAGGUUGCCAAGCACAAACAAGUCGCAAAAGUCAUCUUUGUUGACUCAAUCCCUAAAUCAGCGGCAGGAAAAAUACUUCGGAAAGAACUGAGACAGAUGUACAAGGAAAGUGAAAAAUAAAAACCAUUUUUGUUGAGUGUCUAUGUGGUGGAUAUUGUAUAAAGAUAUUAUAAAGUUUUUUAUAUCUGUUAUUUAGAUUUUUGUUGGAAUGAAUCCACGUGGAUGAAAUGUUGAGUAUUAUAACCUUAGUUUCAAUAGCAGCAAUAUUAGACUUUAUGUGAGAUAAUUAUAAAUGUUUUAACUGCACAAACUGUAUGGAAUAAAAGACUGUAAAUACCUCAAUACACACUUAUUGUAAGGUUAAUGUUAUGCUUAUUACUAAGGGUUUACAUUUUAUAAUUUUGGUAUCACUUUUAUAUUAUUAAAUGCAUUUUAUUCAAUUAUAACAAUAAAUGGUAUUUCCUGGACAGUAA